GAAAAGCAAAGCAGAGGUUCUACACCUCCAUUAACUUCAAAAUACAAAAAUGAGCAAUCGCCCGGGUAUCUACCAUGACAUUGGCAAAGAUGCUGAAGAUCUUCUCUACAAGGAUUAUACUCAACAACCGCCAUUUCGCUAUAAGUAUGGGUGUUUUGACUGCAAUUUUGAUGUGUCCUGUGGAAUGGAUGAGAUUCUGCCUGGACUGAGGACGAAGUUCAGGUUUAUCAUACCUUAUCAAAACAAGGUGGAUCUGCAAUACUUGCAUGACUAUUUCGGCAUCACCUCAGGCAUCAGUCUGAAAGAAAACAUCCUCCUAAAUUUAUCAGGCGCUAUAGGAAAUGGAUUUUUCUCUAUGGGUACUGACCUCUGUUUUGAUGUCAACAGAAGGAAAUUUGACAGAUGCGAUGCCGGUCUGAGCAUCAACAGCAGCUUCCUCGUCGCCUCCUUAACGCUGAAUGAUAUGGCCAACACUUUGAGGGCUUCCCUGCACACCACAGUGUGUCCCCUAACCAACACAGCCGUUGCAGCAGAGCUUACUCAUAAAUUCUUGACCAACGAGAAUGUCUUCACAUUUGGCACCCAGCACGCGCUAUUCCCCAUCACGUUGCUGAAAGCUCGAGUAAGCAGCAAUGGCAGGAUAGGCGCCCUGAUUCAGCAACAGUUGUUGCCAUCAUUCUUCUUCACCGUGGCUGGAGAUGUGGAUUUCAGGGCUUCAACUGGCUCAUCUGAAACCACUAGGAUUGCUAAGGUUGGGCUGUCUUUGGCUGUUAGGCCUUAGAUCAAGAACAGAUAUAAAGAUAGAAGUUCCUAUGUCAAAAUGAUGGAAAAUAAUAUACUUGGAAGAAAUAUAGAGCAUUCAGCUUAGUUGUACCCGCUUUUGGUUGGCCUCAAUACAAUUUAAGUUAUGAGCUACAGAAA